AUGGCUCGUACCAAGCAAACUGCCAGGAAAUCAACUGGCGGCAAAGCUCCACGCAAGCAGAUAGCCACGAAGGCCGCUAGGAAGUCGGUCGACCAAGACGGAGGACAACAGCCGAGCAUGCUAGAAAGGGCCUUACUUGCAAUGCUUUGUUUGGUCUUGGGUUGCCAGAACUUGUCGCUAUUGUUGGAGUGGUUGCUCGUGUUUGGACCUAAAAAGUUGUUGAAGUUGGCAAGACUAUUUGGAAAGCUGUCAAGAGUUUUCAGUAGUCUGGAAAGAACAGAGCAAUCCGUGGAGAAUUCCACAGCCGUUGGUGAAGAGAAGAAACCAUAUCUUGAGGUCUCUAGCUCAAAGGAGAACAUUCCAUAA